AUGAAAGAUCCUUUAGAAUAUCUGAACAAAAUAAAUUUCAAUACCAACAGGUUUCCGCAGUACACCCACUUAAUAGAAAAUUGUCCCUCGGAACAUGAAAAAGAAAAGGUCAUUAGAAUAUGUCGAUGUUGGCAAUCAGCCAAAUUCCCCUAUUGUGACGACACACAUAAGAUCCUCAUGGAGAACGGAGAUGAUGUUGGUCCCUAUGUAGCAAAAUUAUCUAGCUACAAAUUGUCAGACGAAGAAAAAUUAAAACAACAAAAAUAUAAUGAGAAAUAUAUAAAAUUAAACAACAAAUUAUCAUCUGAUAAGUCUUCCAUAUCAAUAUUUAAAUUUAAUUAUAAGCCACAUCAAAGCCACAAACUAAAGAAAUCGAUCCUUUUGUCGUUUGUUGUUUUAACAUCAGCCUUCUUUUAUGAAAAAAAAGAUAAAUUAGUUAAUAUAUACUCGAUUAAUUGA